AUGGAUACUGGUUCCCCCCGCUCCCGUCCUCACGAACAAGAAUGCGAAAGGGAACUUGUUCGAUUAUUGGUAGAACACGGCGCUACAGAUCUUGAACGCUUGAUUAUCCUGCAAGACAAGGGAUGGAAUGAUACCACUACAGAACUUCAUUUUCGCAAACAGCGCCACACUUCUGAUACCUGCUCGCCCAAGCUCAACCUCAUCUGGUUUAAGAGAAUGAAAAUUCUGUUUCGAGAGAUAGAUAGUAAUGUUGAUGUCGUUUCCUUUACCCAGGAUUUGGUCUUCCUCGACUUGGGGUGCUCUCCUGGUGGAUUCUCCUCGUACAUUUUAGAGAACAAUCCCAACGCCAUUGGUACAGGUGUAUCCCUACCUGUAGAAGAGGGCGGACAUGAGUUUUUACUGGAAAGUGACUACCUCACGCGGUUCCACUUGCUCUCAGCCAACCUCACCUACUUCGAGCUUGGUCCACACUGCAACGACACAGUUGAGCUCCAUCGUCUGCCGAUGUACAUGUCGGUACCAGUUUUCGAUCUUGUACUGUUGGACGGACACCAACUACGCACCCAGACGACCUCCGUCCCGUGGGAUCGUGACAGGCUUCUGAUCUCCCAGGUGAUAAUAGGGUUAAAGUCAGUCAGACAAGGUGGUACGCUCGUCGUUAAACUUCCUCUACCGCAUCGCCAUAUUGCUGCACGGAUCAUCUUCCUCCUCCGCAUCUUAUCAAACGAGCUGGUAGGAUGGAAGCCACUUUGCAUGCAUGCCAACCGCGGUCAGUUCUACGCUGUUGCGAAAGGCGUUGGCGAAGGAAAGUCGGGUGGAAAUUUACAGAAUUAUGUUGAAAAACUAGGCUUAUUAUGGUCCGCGUUGACAUUUGGAGGGGAGGAUAACGUGGGGAGAGCCAUGGUUCCAGAGGAUUUAGACUUUAUUAUAUCGAUGAACGAUCUCAGGGACCAUCACCUGGAGUGGUUGUUGGAAUACGGUAAAGCAUUCUGGAAAGUUCAGGCAAAUGCUAUGGAAAGGUUCUACUUGAAGAAAGGUAUAUACUAG